UUUUAAAGGGCUGGCCUGCUCACAAAAACUCAGUACCAGAAAUAAUAAGACCAUAUUGGCAUGUUAGAGAUAGCUUGACUUAUAAAUCAAGUUUAAUAUUUAAAGGAAAUUGUUUAGUGGUGCCACCAGAAUUAAGAAAAGAAAUGCUAGCACGUGCACAUUUUCCACAUUUAGGAAUAACGAAAACGGUAUUAAGGGCAAAUGAUGCUAUGUAUUGGCCAAGAAUGAUUCAUGAGAUAACGGAUAUGGUUUCACGGUGUGAAACAUGUAUACGUUUUAGUAAUAAUAAUAAAAAAGAGACUUUAAUGCCUCAUGUUGUACCAGAAUUACCUUGGGAGAAAGUAGGUGUAGAUUUAUUUCAAUUAGACGGUUGUAAUUAUAUGAUUGUGAUAGAUUAUUAUUCAAAGUUUCCUGAAAUAGAUUUUUUGAGAUGUACUACAAGUGAAAGUAUCAUUGACAAAUUAAAGCAGAUUUUUAGUCGGCAUGGAAUUCCUAAAGAAGUAUUUAGUGAUGGUGGGCCGCAAUUUUCUAGUGAUAGUUUUAAGAAUUUUGCUAGGAAGUAUGAUUUUAAACAUACUAUGUCAAGCCCAGAAUAUCCUCAGUCAAAUGGUAUGGUUGAACGAGAGGUGCAAACGAUAAAGAAACUUCUUAAGAAAGCUUUGUAUGAGAAAAGAGAUCCAUAUUUAGCAAUAUUAGAAUUUCGUAAUACCCCUAUUUCAAAUACAAUUGCAUCUCCAGCGGAAAAUUUAUUUAAUAGAAAAUUAAGAGGUAUUAUUCCUAUGACUAAGAAGGCAUUUAAUCCUAAGGUUGAUAGAAAUUUACGGCGAAAUUUAGUUCAUAGACAAGAAAAGGACAGAUUUUAUUAUAACAGGAAUAAAGUUAAUUUAAGAAAUUUGGAGCUCGGAGAACAUGUAUUUUUUAAAACAGGGAGAGUUUGGAAAAAAGGGAUUAUUAAAGGAAAAAUUUAUGAUAGAACGUACAAGAUAUUAAGUCAAAAUGGGAGAAUGUUUGUAAGAAAUAGGAUAUAUAUAAAGCCUUUGAAUUUUGUACCAUUCUAUAUUCCAGAUGAAAAUGAAAAUCUGGAAUCUGUAGUAACCCCACAACCAUCUUUAUAUACAACUUCAUAUGGUCGUGUGAUUCGACCUCCGGUUAGGUAUCCUGAGUAAAAAAGGGAGAUGUUGUAUUAGGAUCUUUUUUAAUAACAAACCUCUUUUCAGACUUAUUAUUUGUU